AAGUAGAAGUAAACAAUUCUCAAACAUUUCACAGAAGCAAAAAGCUUGGAUGAAACGACAAUGUCGUUGAGGACAACAGUCAUGUCCACUAUCUCGCUCUACUUCCCACCAAAUCCCCUCCGCCGCAAAAUCGCCUCCACCGCCGUCACUUUCCGACGCUUUUAUUCUCUCUCUACGGCCAAUUUUCAAACGCUCACUUCCACCAUCUCUCCUCUCUCUUCCCCUACUGCGGCAGCUGUAGCAUCAGAAUCCCCGUCUGUAUCAUCAAAUUCGUCCUCCGCACGAACGAUUGACCUCCGGUACUUGUCGUGCUCCUUGCCGGAGAAGAGACCUCUCAAAGUGGCCGUCCUUCUCAGCGGCGGCGUAGAUAGCAGUGUCGCCCUCCGCCUACUCCACGCUGCCGGUCAUUCCUGCACCGCCUUCUACCUCAAAAUCUGGUUCCAAGAAGAUUUCGAGAACUUCUGGACUGAAUGCCCAUGGGAGGAAGAUUUGAAAUAUGCGAAAGCUGUUUGUGGUCAGGUUGAUGUACCUCUGGAGGUUGUGCAUUUGACAGAUGAGUACUGGAACAAUGUGGUAUCAUUUAUCAUCAAUGAGUAUCGAAAUGGCCGCACUCCAAAUCCAGAUGUCCUCUGCAAUACAAGAAUUAAAUUCGGUGCCUUUGUGGAUGCCAUUGGUGAUAUGAAAUUUGACUUCAUUGCCUCUGGACACUAUGCAAAGGUUGUUCACCCCGAAAGUAGUGAUAAAAACGAGCCUUCUACUCUAGAGUUGUCAAAAGACACGGUUAAGGAUCAAACGUACUUUCUCUCACAUCUUUCACAGUCACAGCUUAAAGGUCUUAUCUUCCCUCUUGGAUGUAUCCAGAAGGAAGAAGUUCGUGGACUUGCCAAAAUGUUUGAAUUACCUAACCAAGAUAGAAAGGAUUCACAAGGGAUAUGCUUUCUCGGAAAGAUAAAGUUCAGUGAAUUUGUUGCAAGACAUAUUGGAGAGGAAGAAGGUGUGAUAUUAGAAGCUGAGUCGGGAGAUUUUCUGGGGAAACAUCGAGGCUUUUGGUUCUAUACAAUCGGCCAACGUCAAGGAUUGCGUCUUCCUGGUGGACCUUGGUACGUUGUGGAAAAAGACGUGCAAAACAAUGUAGUAUUUGUGUCGAGAAACUACUUUUCGGUUGACAAAAGAAGGCGCGCUUUUCGUGUUGGAUCGUUAAGAUGGUUCAGUGGUUCUCCCCCGAGGCAGAGCAGCAUCCAGCUCCAAUGCAAGGUUCGUCAUGGUCCCGGUUUAUACAACUGUGAUUUAGCCAUAGAGGAAGAUGGAAACGGGGACGAAAUUGGAGUGGUUAAAUUAUCGGAAGACGAUCAAGGCCUGGCAGCUGGGCAGUUUGCUGCCUUCUACCAGGACUCGAUUUGCAUUGGCUCUGGUGUGAUACUCGAGUCGUGGGAUGACCAAGGCUUCCCCGUUUGUGCUAAGGCUAUUGAGAUUGCGAGUAUGAAAGAUAAAUCGAAGAUUGGGAAGCCAGUCAAGAUAAAAAAUGAGGAACCUGAUCGUAGUAAAGAUAAUUGCGAAACUGCCAUUAUCGAAGAUACGCCACCUCAGAGAGUAACAAACUCCGUUGUCCAAUAAAAAUGGCUGCAGUUAAAUCUUCUAGGAAACUUUUUGAGAGGUGUUCUAGAUCUGUGUAGAGAGAGUAUAGGUGUCAACAGCAUUAGGUGAGCUUUGUGAAGAUUGAAGAAUACACACUGGUUUGCAUUAUUUAGGCUUCUAUAUUUGUGGCAACACACUUGAUCAAUUUUUGUAAUUUUAUUUUUCAUUUGAAUUUUGUAGCACAAUAAUUUCUGAAAAAUUAGAAGAAGAUGGAAAGGUCUAAGUUUUAUUG